AAAUCACCUACUCUCCUCUCUACCCUAGAACAACCUCAGCAACCAACACCAUGUGUGGCUACUACGGAAACUACUCUGGCGGCAGAGGCUAUGGCUGCUGUGGCUAUGGAGGCCUGGGCUAUGGCUAUGGAGGCCUGGGCUGUGGCUAUGGCUCCUACUAUGGCUGUGGCUACCGUGGACUGGGCUGUGGCUAUGGCUAUGGCUGUGGCUUUGGCUCACGCUCUCUCUAUGGCUGUGGCUAUGGAUGUGGCUCUGGCUAUGGCUCUGGCUUUGGCUACUACUAUUGAAGACACCAUGGGAGACUCUCACCCUCUUGAAUAUGAGCUCAGAAAUCUCCAAUUCUGAACUCCAUAUUUUCUGAACCUCUUUCUUAGAGGCUCUUACAUCUCAAGUUUAUGAUGUGACCAUGUUGAAGAUAUUCAUUUGAUGACCUUUAGAUAUAAGACCUGAAGAUUUUAUUUCUUUAAAUUUGACUCAUAAGAAUAAAUAUUGUUUAGAUAUCAUCUUGUAUAUGUAUAUCUCUCGACAGGAUAAGAAGAAUCUUAUGUUUUGAUUAUUCUACAUUUUCUUAAUAAAUUUAUUCAGUCUUAUAAAC